GCCGAGACUCCUAUGUCAUGACUGUUGCGCUGCUCUUUGCGCUCGGCAGCGCAGCCGCCAGCCCGAACUCGAGCCUCCGUCUCGGCAUCUUUGCCGAGCCGCAACCUUUCAACGCGCUCUGCCUGCACAAGACGCUCACAUGCUCGAUCCAGCCUUCUGGCAUGAUUGCCGCCUCUGCGAUGGACUCUGGGCUGCUUGACGCCGCGGUGCUCGGCUCCGUGCCUUGGGCGGCGGCGGUGUCGCGCGGUGUCGAGCUGUCCACCUCGUAUAUCGUCCACGUCAAGCACGGUGACCAGGGCCUCAUCGCAAAGAGCGUCGGGCCGAGGACGCCCUUUGACUUGGCCAACACCAAGGUGGGCGUGGUCAAGGAGUCGACGACGCACCAGGGAAUGGUCUUCCUGAUCGAGCUCUUCCAGCUCCGCAACGUCACCCUCGUCUUCGAGGACAACGCCCGCAUGCUCGAGCUGUGGGACAGCGGAGGGAUCGACGCCGCAUUCUGCUGGGGCGAGCCCUACCAGGAGCUCCUCCGACGAGUGAACGAGAAGGAGACAGCCGCUGCGCUGGUUGCCGACGCGUACAUGCUCUCGCUGUGGGGCUUCCCCACCUUCAACGUGCUCGCCAUCCGGCGCGCCUACGCGGAGGAGCCGAGCAACCUGCUCGCGGUCGGAGAGCUCAUCGGCGCGUGGGCACUGAUCGACGCGAGCUGGCGGUUCGCGGGCGGCGGCGGAGUGACGAGGUUCACGAGCCCCGCCUCGGAGUCGAGAGGGGGGCUCGAGGGUCUAGUGCCGUAUGAGUGGCGCCCCUCCUCGCCCGACGGGGCGCUGGCCUACAUCGCUGGCAUCUUGGGCCAGAACGCGACGGAUGUGGAGGUGCGGCGGGAGGUUGCGGUGGAGAUGGCGGACUUUCGGUUCGUGCGCGUCUCGGAGCAGCUGAGCUGCGACUUCCUCGACAACACGCCGAGCUGCCUCGCCAGAGGGACCUCGAGCGCCUUCGAGCGGACGCGCAGCUUCCUCUACACGCACAAGCAGCUGUACUACGCGGCCGGCCUCUUGCCGGUGGAGCCCGAGAGGGUCUCUGACCCCGCCAUCCUGCUCACGGUGAUGCUGGGCCAGUGCCGCCGCUGCCUGGAGGGUGGCGGAUCGGCCCACGGAUGCGAGGCCUGGCUCUGGUCGGAGUCAUGCGACCUCGAUGCCCUCUCAAGCCUGGAGCGUGAUGCCUCACGGCGGGCGGAGGAGCGAGCGAGACGCCGCCGCCUUGCCGCGGCGCCGCGAGAGCGAGGCGUCUCGCUGGUGCCGGCGCCGCAGCACGCCGCUGCCGCACGGUCGGGCGAGUCGCCCCUCUCGCGCUCGGCGGUGUCGGUCCUCUACACGCACCUGCAGACGCCGGAGGGGCGCAAGGGCCAGCAGGGGGCUGAGGUUGUGACGGCGGCGGAGGGCGCGGUCCGGUGCGCGGUGCGGAACCACGUUGGGAGCGGCGCCGCCGGAGUCGGCCCCUACUUCGACGUGGAGGACGACCGUGUCCGCUUCACCUCCACCUCCAACCUCGGCGAGCUCCGCGAGGGCGACUACUGCCACUGGGUCAUCCGCGCCGCCUCGCCCGCCGAGAUCGUCGAGGUGCUGUUCGACGCGUCCGUCGAGGUGUGGCCGGGCGAACAGCUCUUUGCGCUGGCCGGGUGGGACAGGGACGCGCCCCUUCUCGCGCAGCUCAGCGGGCGCGGCGGGCCGUGGCCGCCUCUGCGCGCGCACGGCGCCAUCUCCGUGUACGGGUCGACGGACCUCUCGCUGCGCUUCCGCACAAACGCGAGCGGCUGCGCGAGCCGGGAGGACUGCCACGGCGGCGUGUGCCGCUCCGACGGCCUCUGCGACUGCCCGAGCGGGUACUCUGGCGCCGACUGCUCGUAUGCGGGCAGCUGCUUGGGCGACGUCGUGUCGACGAGCGAGACGGGCAACUUCAGCUCGUCGGGCGGCGCGCUGGGCGCCGGCGAGCAAGACACGCGCUACGGCAACCUGGCCAACUGCUCCUUCUCGGUGCGCGUGCCGGGGGCGCGCUUCGUGCGCUUCCUCGUGCGGUACGACCUCGAGGACUCUCACGACUUCGUCGAGGUGCUCGGCGGCGCGCACGGCGCGCUGCUCCCCAUCGUCCGGCUGACGGGCUCGAGCGACCGGCUCGGCGCGAGCCACGCCCGCAUGCUCAACGCGGGGCAGCCGCAGCGGGUCACGGUGGCCGCACAUGAGGGCGUCGCGCAGCUGCGCUUCGCGUCCGACGAGGUCGGGCGGCGCGGCGGCUUUGUCGUCUCGUACGAGGCGGACGGCGAGCGGGCGUGCCGCUCCGACGAGGACUGCUCGGGCCACGGGCGGUGCGGGGAGGCGGGGCGGUGCGGCUGCGACGGGGGGUGGUACGGCGAGGCGUGCUCGAGCCCCUCGUGCCUCGCCUUCAACUCGGACGGCGGAGGGCGGAUCGACUCGCAGGCCGAGGGCCUUCGCGGCGGGAUCGCCGCGAUGGCCGACUGCGUGUGGCCGAUGCAGGCCGAGCCGGGAGCCGUGGGGGUGCGGCUGACUUGGGACGACUUUGACCUGGAGCCGUUCGACACUCUCGAGGAGGCGGGCGACGUCGCGCUGCUCGAGACGGCGGAUGGGCGGCCGCUCGCGCUCAAGGCGGGCGGCAGCCGGCUCGCCGUCGCCGGGCUGUGCGCCGUCACGGGCGGCGCCUUCGACCUGCUGCCCGUGGAGCCGCGCGACGCGCUCUACUUCCGCCUCCUCACCGACCGCAACGACCGCAACCAGAGCUUCCGCGGCGUGCACGCCAGCUGGGAGUCGCUCGAGGCGUGCCCCUAUGCUGACGGCUUUGGCGACGGCGCCGCCGACUGCUUUGGCGACGGCGCGCAGUGCCACUACCCCGAAGGUAACGCGCCAGGCAGCGAGGCGGCGGGGUGGUGCGAGUGCCACGGCCGCGCGUGCGCGUGCGCCUGCCGCACCGAGAGCGAGAUGCUCGAGCUGGCGGCGCUCAAGGAGAAGGUGCAGGACGCGCAGCAGCUCGUCUUCGACUCGGAGAUGAUCAUCGUCGCCGCGGUCGCCGCGCUGGUCGCCACGCUGCUCUGCCUCGUGCUGUGGAUCCGCCUCUCGCGCGCCCUCCGGCCCAAGCUCGCAAAGUACGGCCACCUGAUGCGCCGCCUGUGGCGCAUCCUCGUCUUCAACCUCAAGCGGUGGGCCCUGCGCGCGUACUCCUUUCUCCGCCGCGCGCCGGAGUGGACCGUCGGCCAUUACCUCGUCGUCUCGGAGCCGGCCCUCACCUUCCUCUCCGUCCUGCAGCUGGCGCUCCGCGCCUGCUCCAUCGUCGAGUGCUGCUACGUCGUCGCCAAGGUCAUCGAGUUCUCCCUCAGCGACGACGGCUACUUCUCGGCGACCGAGCGCAUCAUCUUCUCGGUCAACGCGUUUUACACGGCGCUCUACCUGAUGCUCGCUGUCACGGAGAUCCUCUUUUCGCGCCGCGCGGUGGCCAAGGAGUCGGCGUCCGACCUGAUGGGCGCGAGCCUCAUCUCGCUCACCAUCUCGUCGGCCAUCAACCCGGGCGACGUGUCGUACCUGCAAAACAGCUCGGCGCUGCUGGACACGGCGACCAACAGCGACACCGGCUCGCGCGUCCUCGUCGACAUCUCUGGCGCCCAGCUCCUCCCGCACGGGCUGCUCAUCACGAUGUCGUGCCUGACCAUGGGCACCAGCCUCGUCUUCCUCCUCAUCGCCGUCCGCAUGCGGCGCGAGUUCGGCUGGCGCCUCUUCUCGCGCUUCGGGCUCGACCCAAAGUCGUUCAAGAUGGUGCGCUGGCUGCGCUACUUUUGGACGCUCCUCGCGUUUGACGUCGUGAUGGCCUUCUUCGAGCUCGUCACCGUCGCGUGCUCCAUCGUCAUCGACUGGGGGCAGAACAGCGCCGCGGAGCGCGCGAUCGCGACGGGCGUCAGCGGGAUGGUCCUGCACGUCCUCUUCGACGCGCUGCUCUUCCUCGCCGUCCGGCGCGAGUCGAGGCGGCAGACCUUCUUCGCCAUGCUGUUUGGCGUCUGCUCGCCCGUCGCGUACCUGCUCUACUGGGUCUUUGUGCGGCCCGAGGAGUACGUGAUCAACAUCGACGACGAGCUGCUGCCGGCGCUGCUGUGGAUGCUGGUCGUGUACGAGGCGCACAUGGUCGCCAUCCACACCGUCUCUUCUUUUGUCCGCGUCACCCUCCUCGCGAUCGUGUUUGACCUCGUCGCGCACGUGUACGGCCACCGCGUGCAGAGCAUCGAGGACCGGUCGCGCCGCAACGACGAGCUGAAUGCGGCCGCCUCCUUCCUCGGCCUCAGCCAGAGCAGCCUGCAGGGCAUCCACCACGUCGCGCACGGCCAGGCGGUUCUCGUCGCCCUCGAGCCGGUCGACACCGAGGACGAGGCGUCGCCGCCCGAGGGGAUGGGCGUCCUCGCCGCCUUCCACUUCCAGCCGCCGGCCGACGGCAGCGGCCGCUCGGCCCUCGGCCGGCUCGACGCGGCGGCGCCCCGCUGCAAGAACGGGCCCGACAACCGGCCCAUGUCGAUGGGGGCGUGGGCGGAGGGGGAGGAGCCGCCCGAGGCGGACGACUCGCACGACCUCGAGCCGCCCGCGAGGCGGACGCUGCGCUUCGUCGGCCUCUCGCCCGAGAUCGGGAGGCUUCGCUGGGCCUUCUCAAAGUACAUCGGGCUCGACCAGGUGCUCGAGCUCGGCUACCUCGUCCUCGGCGACCAGCAGCCCCGCCUCCCCGCCCUCGCCAACGGGAAGCGCGACGCGCCCCGCGCCGACUCGCGGACGGGCGAGGCCGCCGCGCCGACGGCGCACGCGGCCGACGGCGCGGGCGCGGGCGGCGCGAUCCUCAAGCUCUGGAAUCGCGCCGUCGGCGGCAGCUUCCACAUGCCGACCAACAGCACGUCGCGCAAGGCGCUCUACCUCGUCUUCCGCGCCGAGAGCGGCAGGACGAUGCGCAUGUGGAUCGAGCCGCCCGACGCGCACUCGGCGCGGCUCUGGCUCGAGGGCAUCUCCAUCUCGCUGCAGCUCUGGCCGCAGCCGCAGGUCUCCACCUCGGAGCUGCAGUGGCUGCGCGCCGUCUUCGAGGCCGCCGACUCGAACCGCUCCGGCGUGCUCGAGCGGAGCGACUUGCGCACGCUGCUCAACGCGGCAAACAUGGCCGGGGUCGGGCGGGAGGCGCUCGAGGAGGCGUUGGGGUCGAAGCGGGUGGUGCGCGGGAUGCGGCUGGUCGGGCAGCUCAACUUUGCGCAGGCGGCGCAGCUGCUGCUGACGCUCCAGAUGUCGCGGGCCGACGAGGUCGCCGCCCUCUUCCGCAAGUACUGCGCCGAGGCGCGGCAGACCAGGUCCGUCACCUCGGCCGCAACCUCUCGCGGAGCCGGCUCCUUCGCGUCGGCCGACUCGGCGCAGCCGCGGAUGACGCUCGAGGAGUGGGCCGCGUUCCAGCGCGAGGAGCAGGGCGAGGAGAGCGAGGAGCGGGCACGCGCCCUCUUCGAGGGGUACCACCACGAGCUGCGCGAGCAGCAGCUGCGCCGCGACGGCGCGGCCCGUGACUCGACGGGCGCGGUGCUGGGGGGCGCGCUCGCGCGGAUCGGGGCGCCGGACCCGAGCUUGAGCCUCGCCGACUUCCGGCAGCUGCUCCUGCACGCGACAAACACGGCCGUCGACCAGCGCGCCACCGCGGCGGAGGCGCACGUCUUUGCGCACCCGCUCUCGCACUACUGGAUCUCGUGCUCGCACAACUCGUACCUGGUCGGCGACCAGCUCACCUCGCGCGCGUCGGCCGACAUGUACCGCCGCGUGCUGCUCGAGGGUUGCCGCUGCAUCGAGGUCGACUUGGCGGACGGCGCGGACGGCGAGCCCGAGGUGACGCACGUGCACGCGCUCACCUCGCGCGUCAAGUUCAUCGACGUGCUGCGCGCCAUCGACGAGGCCGCCUUCGAGACGUCGCCGCUACCAGUCAUCAUCUCGGUCGAGAUGCACUGCGGCCCCGAGCAGCAGCGCCGCUGCUCCGACCUGAUGCGCUCCCUGCUGCUGCCGGACGAGGCGUACCGCUACGCGGCGACGCUCACGCCCGAGAGCCUCGCCGGCCGCGUGCUGAUCAAGGGCAAGCCCGAGCGGGAGGUGGCGCCGCGCGGCCCAAAGUCGGGCGGCUCGUCGUCGGCAGAGGCGGUGUCGGGCGCCUCGCGCCUCCGCUCCUCCCUCGUCGCCUUUGCCGGCUGCCGCGGCUCCGUCGCCGAGGCGCGCCACGAGCCGCAGGAGGACACCGAGGAGCCGAGGGCGGCGCUCGAGUAUGAGGCGUCGGGGGCGUCGAUGGCGGAGGCGGCGGGGGCGUCGCUGGCGGAGGCGGCGGGGGCGCCCCACGCGAGCGUGUCGCUCUCCCCGCACGCCGCGGCGAGCGACUCCAAGGCGCCCUCCCGGCUGCGGAGGCGCUCGCGCGUCAGCAUCGUCAUCCCGAGCAGCCCGGUGCGGCGGCGCCGCGGCAGCUCGGACGAGUACACCGGCGGGUCGGUCGACUCGUCGAGCGCGCGCGUCAGCCCCCGCGGCAGCCUGGUGGACGCGGGCAGCAUCGUCGGCAGCCUCGGCACCUCGCUCGGCGACCCCAGCGCGUACUGCUCGACGUACGAGAGCAGCGGCGGCGCGCCCGGCUCCUCGCGGCCGCGCAGCUCGGUGCUGCAGGUCGGCGCGCGCAAGCUGCUCCGCAAGGUGAAGACGCCGGUCGAGCUGGCCAAGCGGCAAAAGGGCGUCGCGCGGUACGUCGACCCGUCGAUGCUGCGUGUGACCGCGAUCCGCUCGUGCGCGAUCGACAAGGCCAACGGCCCGUGGCCCAUCCCGAUCAUCUCGGCGUCGGAGGACCGCAUGGCGGCCGUCGAGCAGUACGGCCUCGGCGAGGACGGGCCGCCGCACGAGCUGUUUGCGAGGCGGCUGGCGCGCGUGUACCCGGCGGGCACGCGCGCGGGCACGCGCGUCACGUCGGACAACAUGGACCCGCUCCCCUCCUGGCGGAUGGGCGCGCAGAUGGUGUCGCUCAACUACCAGACGAACGACACGCCCGUCCAGAUCAGCCGCGCCCUCUUCGCGCUCGACAACGGGUUCGGCUACGUGCUCAAGCCGCCGGAGCUGCGCGGCGGCGGGGGCGGCGCGGAGUGGCCGCCCUUCCGGCCGAACCUGCAGCGCUUCUCUGUGCGCCUCCUCGCCCUCCACCGCCUCCCCACGCGGAGAGAGCAGCGCCCGGCGCUGGAGGCGGCGCCGCACCACGCCUACGAGUCGGCGCUGAGCGGCGCGUCGGCGCCGCCCGACCCGGCGGGCCCGAUCAACAACGCCACCAUCUCGGUGGAGCUGCACGCCAUCGGCGGCUUCUGCUGCGUCAGCCGCACGCUGCCCCUGCCCGCGCGCCCGGCGCAGCGAGCCACCGUCUCCGCCUCCGCCGCCGGCAAGUCGGCGCGCCACUCCACGCUCCACUGCCUCGCCGCCGAGCCGCGCGCGACCGUGCUGCGCGCGUGCGUGCACGACGGCGAGACAGUCGUGGCGUACGAGGCGGUCGUGCUGGGCGCGCUCCGGCCCGGCUACCGCUCGCUCUCGCUGCGCAGCCGCCUCGGCACGCAGAUCCGGCUCUGCUCGCUGCUGGUGCACAUCGAGCGGGGCGAGGAGCCGAACAUGUGGGCGGAGGCGCGCGAGCUGCGCGAGGCGCUCGCGCAACGGGACGAGGCCAUCGAGCGGCUGAACGCGGAGCUGGCCGCCGCGCGCCGUAUUGGCCGCCACCCACGAUGGCGAAGGGGGCGCCUCCGCCUCUGCGGCAACGUGGUGAUCGCCGCCGAGCUGCUCCUCUUUGCGGCGCCGGUCACGUACGUGCCGAAGCUCUUCUUUGGCGCCGUCCUCACCUUCAUCGCCGCGGACCUCCUCGUGCACCCGACCGAGUAUGCAAUCAUCCUCCUCACCUUCGGCGCCAUCAACUGCUUCGGCCUCGAGGUUGGCAUGUGCGGCGGCGUGCUCAUCGCCACGUGCCACUUCAUCGUCGACUACGCCUCCGCGCCCGUCGUCCGACGGAUCGAUGUGCGCUCGACCGUGCUGCGCUCCUGA